GUUCUCCUGCUGGCGAUGCUGCUGCUCCCGUCGUGCAGAGAACCCGGGCGGCCCCGCAGAGCCUGAGCGCCGAGGCGGCAGUGGCGACGGCCCCCCUGUGCUCCCCGGCUGACUACUAUGGCCGUGUACUGCUAUGCGCUCAAUAGCUUGGUGAUGAUGAAUAGCAACAGCGAGGUGACAAGCGGCGGGAGCAAGACGCCGCCUCCUCCCGGACAAGUGCUGCCCAGGGGUCCGGAGACGCCCGGCAGCUGCCGCUCGCUCCCCGUCUUCAGCCCGGCCCCGGUGCCGCCCCGCUCCCCGCGCUGUGGCCCCGCUUUCCUCUUCCCCCUGCCUGAGGAGCCCCUGAGGCAGCCGGGCAGCCCCGUGGGACGGCGGGGCAGCCGGGGCGAGGAGGGACAGCCUGGGCCUCCCAUGGCACGGCAGCUCCAGCGGGAGCUGCACAACGUGCAGGUGAACCAGAAAGUGGGGCUCUUCGAGGCACACAUCCAGGCGCACAGCUCUGCUGCCCAGCCGCCCCGCAGCCCCCGGCUGGGCCGGCCCCGUCCGGCCAGCCCCACGGCACCAGUGGUGGCACUCGGGACUGGACCCCGGCCCCGAGCCCUCGGAGAGAGCGAGGCCCCCGAUGCUGGUGGGGGGCAGCUUUGUCUGAGCACUGCAGAGCCCCCCAGGAGGUCAGGGAUGACGGUGGAGCUGGCAGAGAGCAGCAGCCCCCUGGAGCAGUCCGGGCCUGCAGCACGGCCGGAGGAGGUGGUGGUGGUUCCCACAGGACUGAAGGGCCAGCACCCGGCCAUCGGUGGGAGCAUCCCUGCCGUCAUUGUCACAGACCUGGGGGGCCCGGAGGAGGAGGCGGGCGCCGUGCCCCCUGGCAGCCUGCCCGUCCGGAAGCUCUCAUCGUCCUCUGCGUCUUCCACUGGCUUCUCCUCGUCCUGGGAGGAGUCCGAGGAGGACAUCUCCAGUGACCCCGAGCGCACCCUGGACCAGACCCCCGCCUUCCUGCAGACCCUGGACCAGCAGAAACCCCGAGUGAGCAAGUCAUGGAGGAAGAUCAAGAAUAUGGUGCACUGGUCCCCGUUUGUGAUGUCUUUCAAGAAGAAGUACCCUUGGAUCCAGCUAGCGGGACAUGCAGGUAGUUUCAAGGCGGCGGCCAAUGGCAGGAUCCUGAAGAAGCACUGUGAAUCGGAGCAGCGGUGCCUUGACCGCCUCAUGAACGAUGUCCUGAAGCCCUAUGUCCCUGCCUACCACGGAGAUGUGGUCAAAGAUGGGGAGAGAUACAACCAGAUGGAAGAUCUGCUGGCUGAGUUUGACUCCCCCUGUGUUAUGGACUGCAAAAUGGGGGUCAGAACGUACCUGGAGGAGGAGCUGAUAAAGGCCCGGAAGAAGCCGAGCCUGAGGAAGGACAUGUACCAGAAGAUGAUUGAGGUAGACCCUGACGCCCCCACUGAGGAGGAGAACGUGCUGCGCGCCGUGACCAAGCCCCGCUACAUGCAGUGGAGGGAGACCAUCAGCUCCACCGCCACGCUGGGCUUCAGGAUCGAGGGCAUCAAGAAAGAGGACGGCACUGUGAACCGGGACUUCAAGAAGACACGGACAAAGGAACAAGUCAUGGAGGCCUUCAGCGAGUUCACCAGAGGAAACAGGAAUGUUUUGAACAGUUACCUUAACCGGUUGAAGGGUAUCCGCGCUACCCUGGAGACAUCUCCGUUCUUCAAGUGCCAUGAGGUAAUUGGGAGCUCUCUCCUCUUCAUUCACGACAAGCAGGAACAAGCCAAAGUCUGGAUGAUUGACUUUGGGAAAACCACCCCACUGCCAGAGGGACAAGUUCUGCAGCACAACGUGCCCUGGGUGGAAGGGAACAGAGAGGAUGGCUACCUCUGGGGGCUGGACAACCUCAUUCAGAUCCUGACAGAGUUGUCCCAGAGCGAAGACUUGCAUUAAAGCUGCGCAUCCAACUCUGCCACUACCCCCCAGCCUGCCCCCGACUGACUCUUCUGAACUGCACUACAAGACACUUUCCAGCCCUCGCCCUCCCUGUUUGAAAGCUAUACUCUCCCUAUUUAAUGUGUUUUUGUUGUGGUUUUUUUUAGGUUGUCUUGGUUGUUCCCCC